AUGUCCACGUCGGCUCCCCGUCUCCGGUCGCUGUACCGCUCUCUCCUCCGGGAACUCCCACCACGUCCUGUCCUGUCCCUACCGCGCGCGCCCGUGCACGGCCGACUCCGCGAUUCGUUCGCCGCCUCUCCCGGCUCCGACUCUGCCACAUCGAAAUCGGCCGACUCUACGACGGCGCGACGACCCCCUGCACACGUUGAGGCCGCCCGCGCCCACCAGCUGGCCACGUAUCUGCGCUCGCAGCGGUCCUACGUCAACCUCAUCGAGAGGUACAACCCCGGUAUCAACAUGGAGGACGAGGAUCGGAUCCGUCUCACGGCUCGGAGGGUGGGAAUGGAUAUGCCUGAGGAGUACAAGAAAUAG